UUGCUGAUGAGCUCGUGGUGGUAAUCUUCAGUUUUUCUCAUUCUGACUUAUUUUGAACCGAUCAACACCAAAGAACCAAACAAAGCAAAAAAGGUCGGAAAUUCCUCAAAAUGGCGAAUGGAGAAGGAACAAGUUCUGCUCCAGCGACAAGUGCAGCACCCAGAAGGGGAAAAACAAUUGCUGUUCUUUCUUCUCUUCCAUUGCAAAUACUCUUCUACCUUAAUGGAUGGUAUUUUGCAUUUCUAUGGCUGUGUGAAGCAUUGAUGUACAUUUACAAAGGUUCGGUGCUGCCAUACCCCACGGAAAAUCUAGCAGGAGAAUGGGUCCUCAUCUUCCUUCUAGUUGCCAUAGAGUAUGUCAGACUGUUCUUAGGAAAGAAGGGAAACCUGACGGAGAAAGUUGUUCAUCUUGCCGUAUCUUUGGCAUUGUCUGUAGCUACCCUGUUUGGCGCCCUCUAUCUCAUCUUGUGGCAGACAUACGUGUUACGAGCAGAGUUAAUCCUCAAUGCUGUUCUUCUGUGUUUUCUUGGUCUAGAGCUGGUCUUUAGCAUCAUUGCUGUCAUCACAUUUGCAAGGGCCAAUCAAACAGCAAGAUGAGUAGUCUACACCGCAGACCCUAGUUAUCUCCAGUACUGAAAUCACAAACCCGAUGAGGACUUCUCUCAACACAGCAAAUUGUUUUUCAGAAGCCCCAAAGACUUACAUUUUUUUGUUUCUUUUUCUCCAUUGGGCUUUGUUUAUUGUUGUUGGAUUACAGUGCAUAGAGAAACUGUUGUAUUCAUGAAGGGUAUUUUUCUGCAUUGCCUCAGCAAAUACAAAAUGUAAAUGCGCACCAUGUAUCAUAUAUACUAUGAAUGUUGGACUUACUCCGAAAGCCUCGUAUGCUGAAAAUCAUCAACGCAGUUAAGCAUACACAGGCAUCUUUCACUUGGAAAAGCAAAGGCCUGUGGUCUGACGAAUGCCAGGCUUGUUGAUUUACUCUUCAAAUACUCAGUCUCUCUACCGGGAUAAUUUUGGUUGGCUCUUGGGGUCACAAGGUCAAAGGUCACAUAGGUCAUUGCAUUAUAUUCCGUCCAUUGCCUCAUAGAAGAAGAGCUACAAGUAGUAGGAGGU